CCCAGACAUGUAACCCGCACGAUAAAAUUGAUGCGGAGUUUCCAUCUCUCACUCUUUACCUACACUCGCACAUAACAGGGCUCAUAAUGUUUCAAGCUGUCAAGAUCUACUUGACAAAUUUGAUCGGACCAAAAUACAUUUACCGUGUAAAGAUUAAUCAUUUACCAACACAUGAAGUCGGAUCCAUUAAGCGAUUUUUACAAACGUUUGAUCUGAAUACGUUUAAAAAGGCUCCCAAAUGGGAUUACGCCUACAUGAAUUUUGAGACUGAACAAGCAGCUCGUGAGGCCAUGAGAAAGUUACAAGGCGUCGAGUUUAAGAAGAAACUGUUAUCAACUGAAUUUAGUAAAGUAGAAGAGCAAGUGUUUCGUUCAAGAUUUGAGGGUAAGAAAAAGAUUCUUCCGGACCUGGCCCUGGAAACAAGAUCACCAGCAGAAAAGUUAGCAGAUCAAGUGACACCCCUUUACAAAGUACCGUACCUGGAUCAAGUGGCAAGAAAACAUAAAUUAGCCUAUCGUUUCUUAAACACCCUCAGAAAGAAAGUCAGUACAUUACCAGAGAUAUCAGACGAAGCAAAAUUACAAGUCUCUUGGACAGAUGCAAUUGAAACCAUGGACAUCAAGUUAUUGAAAACGAUAAAAUCACCAUCAACACAAGGAUACAGAACAAAAUGCGAGUUUACGAUCGGUAAAGACUUGCAAGGAGAAAAGACCGUGGGUUUUCUUUUGGGUCUCUAUAGAGAUGGUGUGACAGCUGUACUGAGCCCAGAAGACUGCUUGCAUGUGUCGGAUCAGGCCAAAAAAGUGGCUAAACUCAUGGAGGACUAUGUGAAAGAGUCUAGAUACGAUGUCUACGACCGAGUUAAUCAAAUGGGAGUAUGGCGUACCAUCAUGACGAAAACACAACGUACAGGCGAUGUCAUGAUACUAAUUCAGAUGAACACCUCGCAGCUGACGGACAGGCAAGUUCAAGCGGAAAAGGAGAAAUUAAUAGCAUACUGGACUGCCAGGAUGAAGACUACGACAGUCAUGUUGCAAAUAUGGAACGGCGGCUCUAACGGAAUUACGGAUAAAGGCACAACCGAGAUCUUGACAGGAGAUGGUUAUGUGUAUGAGGAAUUAUUAGGUUACAAGUUUAGAAUAUCCAGUAACGCCUUUUUUCAAGUGAAUACAGCAGCGACAGAACUUUUAUAUGCAAAGUGUGCUGAAUGGACCAAAUCGGAUAAGAAAACCACAUUGCUGGAUUUAUGCUGUGGCACAGGUACCAUUGGUAUCCUCAUGUCGAAAUGGGUGGAUAAAGUGAUUGGGAUAGAGCUUAUUCCGCAGGCAAUUGUGGAUGCCAAGGCCAAUGCGUUGUUGAAUAAUGUGGUGAAUGUAGAAUAUCACGCGAGUAAAGUAGAGGACAAGAUGGAUAUUAUUGUGCGAGAAAAGAAUGAGAGUGUGAUUGCAGUAUUAGAUCCACCUAGAAAUGGCGUGCAUACCAGCGUGAUUAGGGCGAUUCGAGAAUCGGAUGCGAUUGAAAAGGUUAUUUUUAUAUCGUGUGAUGUUAAGCAGACGCUGCCUAAUUUGAUUGGUCUCUGUCGCCCGACAUCCAAUCGAUUUAAGGGGAUGCCUUUCAAGCCAUCCAGGGCAGUCUGUAUUGAUCUCUUUCCGCACACUGAGCAUUGUGAAAUGAUGAUAGAAUUUGUUCGUUUAAAAAACCCCGCCACACCUGCAUAGUAAACACGUCAUCUGUAUAAUUUUAAACUUUUUUUUUGUUUGUACACACACUGGGGCAGUUUUUCUCUCUCUCUCUCUUUUCUUACCUUCUUCC